AUGUCUGCACAACCUAAUGCUGCUUCUUCAUCAUCUUCAGUCCUAGUUGGAGGAGGAGUAUCGGAAUUGGAUAAUAUUAAAUUUGCUCCGAAUAAGAGAUUUGUGUUUAGAAAUUGGGCCAACAUUUACAAAUCCAAACCAACCUUUGUACAUCAUCCAAAGAGUGAAGAGGAAAUUCAAACCAUUGUCAAGGUUGCUAAUUUUAGAGGAGAGAAAGUAAAAGUGAUUGGUUCUGGACAUUCACCAUGUGAUAUUUCACUCACAAAUGGUCACAUGAUCAUUCUGGAUCAAUAUUCAAAGAUUAUUAGUGUAGAUAAGGAAAAGUUGACUGCAAAAGUUCAAGCUGGUACAACCAUCGAAACUAUUAAUGCCGAAUUGUACAAGAAUUACAAUAUGGCCAUAGCAGUUUUGGGAUCCAUUUCAUUCCAAACUAUUUCUGGCAUUAUUUCUACUGGUACUCAUGGAACUGGUAUUAAUUUUGGAUGUUUGCCAACCUUUAUUGUGGAAAUGGAUAUUGUUUUACCAUCAGGUCAAGUUGUGACUGUUAAAAAGGGAGAUGAGGAUUUCGAUGCCUAUGUUUGCUCAUUGGGAUGUUUGGGUAUCAUUUCAACAGUUACCAUUCAAUGUGUUGAAGCUUUUGCAUUAACUCAAGUUCAGGAACCAUCAACACUUACAAAAGUUUUGGAAAAUUUGGAUUCACUCAUUCCUAGCUCAGAUCAUUGGAGAUUUUGGUGGUUCCCACACACAACCAAUGAUAAGUGUAUCACUACAAGUGCCACCAGAAGCUUGAUUGAUAGCAAGACAUUUGUUGGUGAUUCAGAUAAGAUUACAUUCUUUGGCAGAAUUCGUAACUUUUUUAUUGAUAGACUGGUUGGAUUUUAUUCACUCGAAUUUGCUCUCUUUGUUUCCAAGUUUAUUCCUUCCCUUAUUCCUAUGAUUAACAAUACUUGGUUUAAUUUAUUAUUCAGUUCUAAAACUCAAGUUCAUGAUGUCAGCUUUAAAGUAUUCAAUUUUGAUUGCCUAUUCAAGCAAUUUGUCAAUGAGUGGUCCAUUCCAAUUGAGAAUACUAAAGAAGCUCUCCUGAGACUUAAAAAAAUGAUUGAAGAAAAGAAAUAUAAGGUUCACUUCCCAGUUGAGGUUAGAUUUGUAAAGAGGGAUGAUGUUUGGUUGAGUCCAUGUUAUGGUAGAGAUAGCUGUUAUAUUGGAAUUAUCAUGUAUAGACCUUAUGAUUUCACUAUUCCAUACCAAGAAUAUUUUGCUGAAUACAAUAGGAUCAUGUUAGAGUUGGGAGGAAGACCUCACUGGGCCAAGUUGGAUUGGAAACUUGAUUCUGAAGAUCUCUAUCCAAAAUGGAAUGAUUUUAAGAAUUUGAGACGAAAGAAUGAUACAAACAACAUUUUGAUGAAUGACUAUUUGGAAAGAUUGAACCUGUAA